AGGCAGCAGCAGCUGGCUCGGUUGGAGGUGCAGACUUGACGGGAUGGAGAACAUGGACACAUGUUUGGAGUGUGACUUUUAACACACAUGGAUGCAACCGUCCAGAAACAUCUACAGACCUCCGUUAAUCCUGGCAUGUCCCAGAUGAGAGACUACAGUAAUGACUGUCAUCACUUUCACUGUCUCUGUGCUGUGCCUGCUGCCUCAGGCGGUGCUGGCACGGUGGGCGUGUGUUCGGGCGUGUCCGGCGUCCUGCUCCUGCACGCAGGAGAAGAGCUGCAGCGUGCUGUGCGACCGCUCCGCCCUGGCUGAGCUGCCUAAAGAGUUUCCAUGUGAGGCCUCAGCCAUCAACCUGGACAAGAACAGUCUCAAGUUCCUGUCGGAGAGAGCGUUCGGCACGCUGCCCUCCCUCAAGUCUCUGUCUCUGGACCACAACAACAUCUCCUUCAUCACGCCGGGAGCUUUCAAGGGCCUCUCCAACCUGGUGGACCUGAAAAUGGCGCACAACGAGUACAUCAGUUACCUUCACACGCGGACGUUCACAGGAUUAAAGAAGCUGGUGCGUCUGGAUGUAUCGGACUGUAACCUCUUUAACAUCCCUGACCGUAUCUUCAUCGAGCAGCCGGCGCUGAAGGAGCUUCUCUGCUUCCAGAACAACUUCAGGAGGAUCCCCGGAGCCAUCAGAGGCAUGGAGAACCUGACCCACAUCUACCUGGAGAGGAACAAGAUCGAGGCGGUGGCCUACAACUCCCUGCUGGGCCUAGGGAGUCUCAAGUACCUGAACCUCCAGGAGAACCGGAUCAACGUGAUCCAUGACCGGUCCUUCCAGGACAUGGUGCGGCUGGAGAACUUCUACCUCAACGAUAACCUGCUGACCGAUCUGCCCCGGCUCGCCUUCAAGGGUCUCAGCCGCCUCAAGAUGCUCAACCUCGGGGGGAACCAGCUGAUCAACGUGUCUAAGACUUGGUUCAGUGACCUGGUGGAGCUGGAGGUCCUGUAUCUGGACAGGAAUCAGGUUAUCUACAUCGAGGAGGGAACCUUUGAGAACAUGACGAGUCUGAUCACGCUGCACCUGAACAGCAACAACCUCACCACGCUCCCCUUCCCCGUCUUCCAGCCCAUCUACUUCCUGGGUCGCCUCUACCUGUUCAGGAACCCGUGGGAGUGCGACUGCUCCCUGGAGUGGCUGAAGGAGUGGAUGGAGAGCUACAAGCUGGUGCGGGACAUCCCCUGCGCCUCGCCCUCCUCCGUGGCGGGGCUGGAUCUCGGCGCGGUGGUCUUUGCCAAGGUGAACGGCACCUGUGUGGACCCUGCAGAGCUGAACCUGACCACGGUGUCCUCAGAGGUCGUCUCCACCACAGAGAACCGCUUCAACAGCCUCAUCUCCAAACUGCUGCAGCAGGAGCUCAAAGAGGAGAUGGGGAACGGCACAGAGAGCCUCCGUAAUGGCACGCUGCUGGAGUCCGAGGACGGCCAGCUCUCCGCAGGAGGUCAGCGGGACCGGGGGAGCAGAUCUCUCCUCUGCUUCUUUGUGCUGUGGCUGAUCUUUGGCUUCACUGACCAAUCAGAGGGCUAUUUCUGCUUGUCCUGCACAUGAGAGCUGUUGAAUGAGUUUGUCACUUUGCUCACUGAAGGAGUAGCUUUUCAAAGUUUGUGGUGAGAAAAGAGAUUUCAGAAGAAUCCUCUUCAGUGUGGUUACUGCUCUGCCAAACGGGUUUUUCAGCUUUCCUUUUUGGUGACAUGCAAAGUGGAUAUUUUCAGCUUUACUCAGAAUAAAGACUGACGUUGACAAGUCUCCUUAUAUACAAUAAUCUAUGAUAUUUAUAGGUGAACUACUCGCAUUAGAGAAACCUCAGCAACGAGUCAGUUUCGUGUUUUAUGCAGAGAUCAGGGACGAUGACGCUGCACGGCUGCAGGAUUCAUCUCUACAGUAAAUAAGAUGGGUGUUGAUGAUUUCAAAGUGUGGAUUACUGUUAUAAAAGUGAAUAUGUGACCCUCCACCUUUUGUUGCACAACACUCCAUUUUAAUUAAUAUUAUGUAACAUUCAUAGCAUUACGUCGUCUGUAUUUAUUUAUCUUUUGAGUUGUCGUUCACAUGGAUGUGUAAUGUGAACGCAGAUGAGAGCUCCUGUGGUUUCUCUCCUAAACAGAUGUCCUCUCUGCUCUUCAUUCAGCUCUAAAUGUAGGUUCUGCAGCUUUUCCCAUCAAUGCAUUAAUCUUCUUACUGCAUUCAGCCUGUGCAUGCUGCAGCAUAAUGGAGGGUACUCUCCCGUGGCUCUGCCGCUCCUACGCAUGGAUGUUUCCCCUCUUAUGGACAUGACCUCGCUGUGUACCGGGGGUGUGCUGCUGGGUGUCACCGCCAUAUGUCAGGCUGAACAUGAUGGGGGAGGGAAAAGUGUCUAAGCAUGUUUCUUGGGGAUGAGAAAUGCUGUCAGGUAAGUGUCAUUGAAAAUGAAUGAGCUUUUCUGCAGAGUUUAUAUGAUAUAGAAAUAUGAGAAGUUAAAGAUACCCCGCUCUAACUCCAGCCACUGCUUUCAUUUUACCUUUCUGAAUGUACCUAAUUUGAUCUCUUCGGUCGUGUGAUUACACCUUUAUGAUAUAUUUUUCUACAUAAUAAUAAAGAGAGUUGCUGUUGAACUUUUUCCUUUUGCCGUCUGAGUGACUGGUUUCACCCUGCAGCCGACGAGCCGACCAGUUUGAGCGGUUGAACACCAGUUAAUCUGCCCACUGGCCUACUGAUGGCCCUUUAAUGU